AUGCAGAGAUCAGAUUUUGGUCGUCAACUAGGUAAUUGGAACAUUAAAGAGAACAACAAUGAGGAUAUCCAAGGUCCACCCUUCACACAUAUAAUCGGAAGUGUCUUUGAUGUGACCAGUGCCUAUCGAUUCGAGAUCAAUGGUGUCACAAUGAAGUUUCAUCCAUCCACGGCAUUCAUGACUGAGACUAGAUGGGCCCUUGUAUCAGAGGAGAUGAAGGAUACAAUGGCCAACACUACCCUUCCAGACUUUGUGGUUGAAGUACGUCCUUAUGGACCAGGUCAGACCAAUCAGUUAGACUACCUUCAUAGAAAGAUGUGUCAAUGGAUGGGAACAACAGAUAUUCAAACACAGUCUGGCAUCCUAUUUGAUAGACUGGGUAAUAAUGUAUACUUAUAUUGCCGCAACGACCUUCCCAACAUCCAGGCUCAAGUGGAUGCCCAACAAGCCAACCUUGAUCGACUACCUUGGCAAGACUACCAGCAUGUAUACUUCCAGAACCUAACACCUGUUGGUCAAAUAGUAUACAAAGGUGUCCAAGAGAAUUAUCCCAAUGUGUCCUAUAUCCAGAUACCUCUCAACCUGGAGCCCACCGCCAAACAUGGACCAAACAUGAUCAUUCACUGUAUUGGAGCAGUUAACGGAUUGAGUUUAGAUCUUUCAACCAUCCCACUAGAUUGA